AUGCGCAUAGUGCGUCCAGCUGGUGCCUACUCGCUUGGAGAUGUAUAUACAUACUCUUGCUCUCCCUCCGCCAGUUUCUGCGCUAGACGGGAAGAGCAGUUCAUGUGUCUGUUUCAAUGGGUGGUAUGUCGUGUCGUUGUAUGGGUUCUCCUACGGUUCUUGCACCGCAAUAACGUCUGCCUGGACGACCCCCGGCUUUGCCAGGAAGUCCGCCAUAACGACGUCUCUCGACCGGUGCGUGUUGUAUUGGAUGGUGGCGAGGGUGAAUUGGCGAGUCCUCUUUUCCUGGAGAUCUGUCUUGUUGGUGAACCUGACUUGAUCGUCGAGUGUGCGCUUGUUCUUGCUCCGGGGGCCUGGCAUGGUUGGUACUCACUUGCUGACGCCGCUGGCGCCGAUGACGAUGGUGGAUCUGGUAGAAUCGCCUCCUGGUCGGUGACGAUGUAUGUGUCGUCCCUUGCCCGUUUCGGUGCUGUGCCUGAGCUUACCCCGAGCACUGACCUGAUUAGUCCUUUGCUCCUGGUUAUAGCUGAUGACGUUGUCGACGCCCGGCUAGGUGCCGAGCUAACUUCUUGA